AUGUUUCUCAGUCUCAUAAACCAUAAACUCUCUCUUUCAUCUUCUUCUUCUUAUUGCUUCUUCUAUCUUCAACCUUCAAUUUCACCCAACACUCACACUAAACCCUCUUUCCCCAUUCACUCACACAAAACCCCACUUUCUCUAACUACAACCCCAAACUUUUCAACAACCCCCAUUUUUCUCCCAUAUUUCGAACAACACGAACAAGACCAAAACAUAGAAGAACAAGAAGAACAAAAUGAACAAUCCUAUCACCAAGAUGAUCCAAUCUACAAGUUCUUCAAAACCCGCACUAAGGCUCCAUCUCAAAACCCUGGAAAACGAGGAAAACUGUCCCUUCAAAGCAAUCGUCGUUCAUCGUGGCACCUUGCUUCAGAAGCCUUUGACGAAGAAGAAGAAGACAUCCCUUUGUUGGUUGAAGACAACCAAGAAACGGAGUCUCAAAAGAAGGAACCAUCACUGCCUCAGGGUGUUGUUGGGGAAAUUCUUCAUCUUGCAAGGAAUUUGCCACAAAAUUUGACUCUAGAGGAAGCUUUGGGAGAGUAUGAAAAAAGGGUCAAUGAGAGAGAGUGUGUAGAGGUUUUGGAAACACUUGGGAAAGAACAGCUUGUGGUGUGUUGUUUGUAUUUCUUUCAGUGGAUGAGGUCACAGGAACCAUCACUUGUUACACCAAGGGUUUUUACUGUGUUGUUCCCUUUGUUGGGAAGAGCAAAGAUGGGUGAUAAGUUGAUGGUUUUGUUCAGAAACUUGCCGUCUAGCAAGGAAUUCAGAAAUGUUCGUGUUUAUAAUGCUGCAAUUUCAGGCCUUCUCUCUAAUGACAGAUAUGAAGAUGCUUGGAAGGUUUAUGAGUCGAUGGAAACAAAUAAUGUUCGUCCUGAUCAUGUGACCUGCUCUAUUAUGAUUAUUGUUAUUAGAAAACUUGGCCAUUGUGCAAAAGAUGCAUGGCAGUUUUUCGAGAAAAUGAACAAAAGAGGAGUUCGAUUGGGCGAAGAAGUCCUCGGUGCACUGAUAAAGUCAUUUUGUGUUGAGGGUCUGCUGAGUGAAGCUCUCAUCAUUCAAUCUGAAAUGGAGAAGAAAGGAGUUUCUUCAAAUGCAAUUGUGUACAACACUCUAAUGGAUGGAUAUUGUAAAUCCAAUCGUGUAGAAGAAGCCGAAGGCCUUUUUGUCGAGAUGAAAGCUAAAGGGAUUAAACCAACCGCAGUUACCUUCAACAUUCUAAUGCAUGCAUACAGCCGAAGAAUGCAACCUAAGAUUGUAGAGGGUCUGCUGUCAGAAAUGCAGGAUUUUGGCUUGAAGCCAAAUGUCAAUUCAUAUACUUGUCUAAUCGGCGCAUACGGGAGGCUGAAAAAUAUGAGUGAAAUGGCUUACGAUGUAUUCUUGAAGAUGAAGAAAGUCGGUAUAAAACCCACUUCACAUUCCUAUACAGCAGUGAUCCAUGCUUAUUCAGCUAAUGGCUGGUACGAGAAAGCUUAUGCUGCAUUUGAAAACAUGAUCAGAGAAGGUAUCAAGCCUUCAAUAGAAACCUACAAUACUUUACUAGAUGCUUUCAGACAAGCUGGUGACCCCGAAACAAUGAUGAAAAUAUGGAAGCUGAUGAUGAGCGAGAAAGUUAAAGGAACACAGGUUACAUUCAACACUCUUGUUGAUGGUUUUGCCAAACAAGGUCUCUUCAUGGAAGCAAGAGAUGUGAUCUCUGAGUUCGGGAAGAUCGGAUUGCGACCAACAGUGAUGACCUAUAAUAUGCUCAUGAAUGCAUAUGCACGAGGAGGGCUAGACUCGAAGCUGCCGGAUUUGUUGAAAGAAAUGGAAGCUCUUAAAUUGAGACCGGAUUCGGUAACAUAUUCAACCAUGUUAUACGCCUUUGUCCGUGUUCGAGAUUAUAAGCGGGCAUUUUUUUAUCACAAGCAGAUGGUCAAGAGUGGGCAGGUGAUGGAUAUGAAUUCUUACCGGAGGCUACGGGAUAUUCUCGAUGUCAAAGCCGCAGACAAGACUAAGAGUGAUAGGGUAGCCUUGUAUGGUGCAAUUAACAAAAAGGUGGGCAUUAAGAAAACUAAGAGGAAAAAAGAUGAGUUCUGGAAGCACAAGACGAGACAUGUAAAAAGAUAUUAG